AUGGAUGAGCAACCGCACAACAGCUCACAAUUGAGUGCUCCACUCGACGAGCAAGAUGCCAACAAGCUAUUACUACAGUACCUUCUCUUACAUCGCGGUGCUUGUGAUGAAGAUCAACUGUUGAAGGCAUUAAAAACGCUUGAAGAAACAGAUCGAAACGAUAAUGAAUGGCAGUCUCGGCUCAAUAAAUGGAUGGCGAGGGUCAAUUUGACGCUGAACGCGUUGGAUUACAAAGUUACCAGACUGAGAAAUCGAUAUGGUGGGUGGAGCUACGUUUAUGUCGAUCUUGCACCGGCAGAAGAUACCAAAGCAGCUACAAGACUCAGUCUUGACGAGCUCAAUUUUGUGCAAUGGGCGAUUCAAAGAUUUUUGGGCGAAAAACGUGCUGUUGAAGUAGAGGGUUCCAAGAGUCUUAUUGAGGACGCAGUGGAUGUAAUUUUUGGCGAAAAAUUCGACUCUUCCGAUUUCCAGGGUCUACAACUCAGACUGUAUCAUACUUGUGGGUCUGGAGAGCUGUGCCAGUACGAGGAAAUGGAUGCAGUGAAGGUAGAGAACCUUCUAGCAAGACUUUGCCAACUGCGGUGGUUUUACGAAACCAGUCAUGGACGUUUUGGCCUAGGUGUGCGGGCACUAGCGGAACUUCAAACCUACAUACGCGACCGAUACAACGUGCUUGAGUGCACGGUUUGCGACGAACUAGCUUUAGAAGGCGUUCAAUGCCAGUGCAACGAGAAAGCGUGGCAUGUGGCAUGUCUGCGCCAUUUUUUGGCGCAUGUUGGGACCGCAUGUCCCAACUGCAACUCGAGCCUCGAACAAGCCGUUUACAUGACGUGA